UUUAUCCUAUCUGAGUGUGAUAGCAGACUCCAAGGCAGCAGUGGGAAAGGAAAUUGUAAUGAAAGGAAAUAAUAAUGUAAGCAUAAAUAUUAACCAUUUUCUUCAUCUCUCAAAUGCGGAUUAAUGGUGCUGGAAGGCUAGAACAUCCUUCUGGAGCAGUUUACAAAGGGGAAUAGAUGUUUCACAAGGCUGGAACCUGCAAAUUUCCAAAUGGAGCAAAGUACCUCGGACUGUUCAAUGAAAACAAGUAUGAAGGUGAAGGAGAAUUUUAAGAGAAAAUGGAGUGGAGUGGCACAUUUCAUGGCUCGGCAGCAGUGGGACUGAAGCAGAAGUUGAAAGUGCAGCUGUUUGGUACAGGCAGCAGCAUGGGUUAA